AUGGCCACUCGCAGUGGUAAAAGAACCAAAUCAAGAAAACGAGCAAAGAAAUCAUCACAAGUACUACAAGAUCAACAUCAAUUAGAAGAAAUAUUUUCACCUGAAUUUCUAGAAAAACGACAACGCACUCUUGAUCACAUACGUGGCCAAGAAUUAGAGUGUAGAAGGUUGGCAAAGGUAUUCACAAAAAUGGCGGAUUCUCAUCGUAAAUUCUACGAAGCGGUUGAAUCCGUGCAGGAAGAAGAAUUAUCGAAAAUCGCCGCUGAUUUAUUUUCUCCCGAGAAUGAUCCAUGCAGUGAUAUACUUGGCUCGGUGCCUGAUCCCCUGAAACAAAGCAAUGCAAUUGAUUUCUCGGCGGAACAAAAUAGCAACUACACCAAUAAGAAAACUUAUGGUUUCUAUUCGGACGGUGACUUUGAGAUGGGAAUAGGAGAUGCAGAUGCUCCAUGGGAACCAGACGAAGAGUUAUAUACUUCCCCCGAGGACGAACAGUUUCAAAAAGAAGACAUUGUUUCGUCGCCAUCGAUACAAGGACAAGAAACUCAAAUAGACGUCGUUACUUCUAAUCGUGAAGAUACCGAAAGUCAUAUCGAUCAACUUGAUUAUUCGAAUUCAGAGGAUGCUCAAGCAAAACCUGCCAAUUCGAUAGUCGAAGACGAGGAAGAUAAUAAUGAAUCACACCAAGAACAAAUCGAGGAACCACCUUUUGAACCUAAAUUUGAGUCCCGAUAUUUCCGAAUGCGACCGGACAAACGAGAGAAAUGGACAUUGUAUCAACGUCAAUGGCUUACUCGUGAGUUCCGUGCGCAUUUCGAGCGACGCACGGCAAUCGAUCAAGUCACGAAAAAAGAAGUCUCGGCGGAAUUAGAGGGAAUAAUUGUCGGCAAGCCAGAAAUCAAUAUUUAUCAGUGCGUCCGAUCUUAUUUGACUGGGCGUACUGCGUGUACAAACCCCGACGUCAUUGUGGCCAUCGAAAAAUGGAUAAGAAAAGAGGUAGACUCGAAUGGUGAAAUUGAUGAAUCACAUUUCAACUUUUGA